AUGGCAAAGCCACAAUCAGAUGUCGAUAAAAGGAAACAGAUCAGUGUGCGCGGCAUAGCCCAGCUGGAGGAUGUGAACGAGAUCAAGAAGGAUUUCAAUCGGCAUCUUCACUACACGUUGGUGAAGGAUAGGAACGUAGCCACCGUGCGUGAUUACUACUUUGCCCUGGCCCAUACCGUGAAGGAUCAUCUGGUGUCGCGAUGGAUCCGAACGCAGCAAUAUUACUACGAGAAGGAUCCGAAACGCGUGUACUAUUUGUCCUUGGAGUACUACAUGGGACGAUCAUUGCAAAACACCAUGAUAAAUCUCGGCAUACAGACGUCGUGCGAUGAAGCGAUGUAUCAGAUGGGUCUGGACAUUGAGGAGCUGGAGGAGCUGGAAGAGGAUGCCGGCUUGGGUAAUGGAGGUUUGGGCCGGUUGGCUGCCUGCUUCCUCGACUCCAUGGCAACGCUGGGAAUGCCAGCCUAUGGAUAUGGCAUUCGUUACGAGUAUGGUAUUUUUGCACAAAAGAUCCGUAACGGAGAACAGGUUGAGGAACCGGACGAUUGGCUGCGUUACGGUAACCCGUGGGAGAAGGCACGCCCGGAAUACAUGAUCCCGAUCCAUUUCUAUGGCCGAGUGAUCGACACACCCGAGGGUAAAAAGUGGGUCGACACGCAGACCGUGUUCGCUAUGCCGUACGAUAACCCGGUGCCCGGUUAUGGCAACAAUGUCGUUAACACACUUCGCCUGUGGUCUGCCAAAUCGCCAAUUGAUUUCAACCUCAAGUUCUUCAACGAUGGUGAUUACAUCCAGGCCGUGUUGGACCGAAAUCUGGCGGAAAAUAUUUCCCGCGUGCUCUAUCCCAACGAUAACUUCUUCGAAGGCAAAGAAUUGCGCCUGAAGCAGGAAUACUUUAUGUGUGCCGCCACGCUGCAGGAUAUUGUGCGCCGUUACAAGGCAUCGAAGUUUGGUUCGCGCGAUGCCGUCCGUACGUCGUUUGAUGAUUUCCCGAACAAGGUGGCGAUACAGCUGAACGAUACGCAUCCGUCGCUGGCCAUUCCCGAGCUGAUGCGCAUCCUGCUCGACGACGAGAAGCUUAGCUGGGAGAAGGCGUGGGACAUUGUGACGCGUACCUGCGCAUACACGAACCACACCGUGCUGCCGGAGGCGCUGGAACGUUGGCCCGUGUCGAUGCUGCAGUCGAUUCUGCCGCGCCAUCUCGAGAUUAUCUAUCAUAUAAACUUUUUGCAUUUACAAGAAGUUGAAAAACGUUUCCCGGGCGAUUUCGGCCGUAUGCGUGCACUGUCGCUGGUCGAGGAGGAUGGCGAGAAGCGCAUCAACAUGGCAAACCUGUCGAUUGUCGGUUCGCACGCGGUGAACGGUGUGGCUGCAAUCCAUUCCGAAAUCAUCAAGAAGGAUAUCUUCAAGUGCUUCUACGAGAUGACGCCGGAAAAGUUCCAGAACAAAACGAACGGCAUUACGCCCCGGCGCUGGUUGCUGCUGUGCAAUCCGGGCCUGUCCGAUCUGAUUGCGGAGAAGAUCGGUGACCAGUGGCCGGUCCAUCUGGAGCAGCUGCAGGAGCUGAAGAAAUGGGCCAAGGAUCCUACAUUCCAGCGGGCCGUGGCGCGUGUGAAGCAGGAAAACAAGCUGAAGCUGGCACAGCUGCUGGAGAAGGAUUACGGUGUGAAGGUGAAUCCGGCUUCCAUGUUCGACAUCCAGGUGAAGCGUAUCCACGAGUACAAACGUCAGCUGCUCAACUGCCUGCACAUCAUCACGCUGUACAAUCGCAUCAAGCGUGAUCCGACCGCCAACUUCACGCCGCGCACGAUCAUGAUCGGUGGAAAGGCGGCCCCGGGAUACUACAUUGCCAAGCAAAUCAUCAAGCUAAUCUGUGCGGUUGGCAACGUGGUAAACAAUGAUCCGAUCGUGGGCGAUAAGUUGAAGGUCAUUUUCCUGGAGAACUACCGAGUAACGCUCGCGGAGAAGAUUAUGCCGGCGGCUGAUUUGUCGGAGCAGAUUUCGACCGCUGGUACGGAAGCUUCCGGUACGGGCAACAUGAAAUUCCAGCUCAAUGGCGCACUGACCAUUGGCACCCUGGAUGGUGCGAAUGUGGAGAUGGCCGAGGAGAUGGGCAAUGAGAACAUUUUCAUCUUCGGCAUGACGGUGGAGGAGGUCGAGGAUCUCAAGUGCCGCGGGUACAAUGCGUACGAUUACUACAAUUCGAAUCCGGACAUUAAGCAGUGCGUUGAUCAGAUUCAGGGCGGGUUCUUCAGCCCGGGCAAUCCGCAUGAAUUCCAAGAUUUGGCCAAUGUGCUGCUGAAGUAUGAUCGCUACUACUUGUUUGCUGAUUUCGAUUCCUACAUCAAAACACAGGAUCGUGUUUCGGCCGUAUAUCAGGAUCAAUCGAAAUGGUUGGAGAUGUCCAUCAACAACAUCGCAACCAGUGGCAAAUUCUCCAGCGAUCGUACCAUCGCCGAGUACGCGCGACAAAUCUGGGGUAUUGAACCGAGCUGGGAGAAGUUGCCGAACCCGGGCAGCGCAAAGUAA